CCUAUUGUCAAGUUAUAAUUAUAAAUUAAAAUUAGAACUAAAUAUCGUAAUUAUGAUGAUUUUCCUUAAUUUGAAGCUCAUUUAAUGGAACUUUUUUUCCACAAAAUGAGCCCCAAAAUGGAAAAAAGCGUCAUAAUCAGGACAUUUUUAAUCUCACAUUUCGUAUUGGAGUGAAGCUGCAUGGGUUUGGCAUGACAUCGUGGGUUUGGCAUGACAUGAGUUCAUCGUGAUACAAUCUAAUCAAAGUAUUUUAUAUGUUAUUAUAUCAAAUAAAACUGAAAUAAGCAAACAUUUACUUUAUUUACCUUUUAUUAUUUAGUUAGGUUUGUUAGGUGUGGGUUUUGUUGUUCAUAGUAGAAUUUAAGUCUCCUGCUUGUGUGUGAGACUCUCUGAGUGCAUGUAAAGUCAUGCACACGGUCACAACCUGGAAAUCUUUAUCACACAGCAUCAUAAAGGAUACCAGCAUAUCAGGAUAAUCAGUGCUUGAUCAGUCAUGCACAUUCGCUAAAAAUAUGUUUCUGAAUUAUCUAUAUCAGACAUCUGUGAGUGAAGUCAGAGGGCUGUUCCUUAGAAACAAUCCAGAGUACAGAAAGGAGAAGACGCAGAUCAGAAAACUGCUGGCAGAGAUCUGACACACGCACACUGAUCCUGUAUGAUGGCUCCUGCUGUUAUUCUCAUCGGCUGUCUGCUGGCCACAAUGAGCUGCUCGACCACAGCUCAAAUGACAAGUAUUCCUACUACAUCACCUUCUGCACCUAACAUGUCAGGAAAUGUGACUAAUGGGAUGUCGAACGCAACUUCUACUACAGCAAGUUCAAUCACCAAUUUGGGCAAUGCAAUGACAAGUGCAACCACCACAGCACCAACUGCACAACCUUUAUUCAAUCCUACAGCCCCACCUUCGUCCAAUCCUACAGCACCACCUUCGUCCAAUCCUACAGCACCACCUUCAUUCAAUCCUACAGCCCCACCUUCGUCCAAUCCUACAGCACCACCUUCAUUCAAUUCUACAGCACCACCUCCAUUCGUUUCUACAGCACCACCUCAAAAUAACUCUGCUGCACCACCUUCAUUCAAUUCUACAGCACCACCUCCAUUCGUUUCUACAGCACCACCUCAAAAUAACUCUGCUGCACCACCUUCAUUCAAUUCUACAGCACCACCUCCAUUCGUUUCUACAGCACCACCUCAAAAUAACUCUGCUGCACCACCUUCAUUCAAUUCUACAGCACCACCUCCAUUCAAUUCUACAGCACCACCUCAAAAUAACUCUGCUGCACCACCUUCAUUCGUUUCUACAGCACCACCUCAAAAUAACUCUGCUGCACCACCUUCAUUCGUUUCUACAGCACCACCUCAAAAUAACUCUGCUGCACCACCUUCAUUCAAUUCUACAGCACCACCUCCAUUCAAUUCUAUAGCACCACCUUCAUUUAACUUUACAGCACCAGCUAGAUUCAACUCCACAGCGCUACCUCCAUUCAACUCCACAGCACCACCUCCAUUCAAUUCUACAGCACCACCUUCAUUUAACUCUACAGCACCAGCUGGAUUCAACUCCACAGCGCCACCUCCAUUCAAUUCCACAGCACCACCUCCAUUUGACUCUACCACAGGCUCUCCCAAAGAUGUUCUUACAAUUCUGACUAAUCUGGAGGUGGAGGUUUUGGCCGAAGAGUCGUCCUCUGAAGAAGAACGUCAGGCUGCACUACGUCAGGUUGCCACUUUGGUGGAGAACUACUUAAGAGGGAAUCUUAGUGACAUCUCCUCUUUUGAGGUCACAAGAAUUAAGCCGUUAUCACCUUGUGAUUGAGUCAGAAAUCAGCCAAGAGGAACAGAGAUGAAUACAUCUGCACAUAUGCUGGACUUUAAUUAUUUUUCUACACUGUAAAACCCAAUAAGUUAAGGCAACUCAAACCCUUUGAGGA